AUGCAGGCUGCGGAGGGUGCUCCGGUCGAUCCGGGCAAGGCCCAGGUCGUCGACCGUGUGCCCAAAGUUAUCAAGGAGAUAAAAUUCGGUGUCCUAGCGAGCCAGGAUAUCGUCAGUCAAGCACACGUUGAAGUUUCCGAUCGAAAGCUUUUCGACCUCGAUAACGACCGUGCCGUUGCCCGGCAUGGCCCGCUGGACGGGCGCAUGGGUAUAUCGAGCAAAUCCGGCACUUGCGAGACCUGCGGUGGCGCAUUGCAAGAAUGCAACGGUCAUUUUGGUCACGUUCGACUUGUUUUGCCAGCGUUCCAUGUGGGCUACUUUAAGCGAGUUAUUAGUAUACUUCAGGAAAUUUGCAAGGACUGCUCGCGAAUCCUGCUACCUGAAAACGAGAGGCGCUCGUUUCUCAGAGACAUGAGGCGCCCCGGCAUCGAUAAUUUGCGGCGUAUGCAAAUCAACAAACGAAUUAAUGAGCGCUGCCGGAAAACUCGAACGUGUUACACAUGCAACGCGGUUAACGGCGUCGUUAAAAAAGCCGGAACGAGUGCCCUGAAGAUAACCCACGAUAAAUUUCGUGCUUUCAACGCCUCGACAUCGGCCAAAAAAAUCCCUCCUGCCAGCAAACUCGUUUUUGACCAGUCCUUCGAAGAAGCUAAACGAUCAAACACAGAUAUCGAGAAACAUUUUAAGAAGGUGCAAGAUGACCUAAAUCCUCUCCGGGUGUUGAAACUAUUCCGCCGCAUUUCCAAUGAAGAUUGUGAAUUGCUUGGGUUAAACCCCAAGGAGGUACGGCCGGAAAUGUUUCUCUGGCAGUUUAUCCCUGCGCCUCCGGUGUCAAUUCGUCCUUCGGUGGGCCAAGAAGGCGCCAGUACAGAAGACGACCUGACCGCCAAACUCGGCGAUAUAGUUCAGAGUAACAUCAACCUCAAAAAUGCGAUAAACAAGGGCGCGCCCGUGCAAACUAUUAUCGAAUGCUGGGACUACAUGCAGCUCCAAAUUGCAGUUUACAUUAAUAGCGACGUGCCUGGUUUGCAAAAGGCGGACUUUGGAAAACCUAUCAGGGGCAUCUGUCAACGGCUAAAAGGAAAACAAGGCAGAUUCAGAGGGAAUCUUUCAGGGAAGCGUGUUGACUUCUCCGGUAGGACAGUCAUCUCUCCAGACCCUAAUCUAAGGAUUGAUGAGGUUGCCGUGCCCCAGCUUGUCGCCAUGAACAUGACCUACCCGGAGAGGGUGACAAGAUAUAAUAAAGAGAAAUUGCGCGAAAGAAUCAGGAAUGGCACCAAGGUUUGGCCGGGUGCAAAUUACUUGUCUAAAAGGGGCACAACCUUCAAGGUCUUUUUGAAAUACGGGAACCUGAGACUUAUGGCAGAUCAAUUAGAAGAAGGAGAUGUCGUCGAACGGCACUUGGAGGACGGUGAUAUCGUGCUGUUUAACCGCCAGCCGUCGCUUCACAAGCUCAGUAUCCUUUCUCAUUUUGUCAAAGUUCGGCCACACAGAACAUUUCGUCUGAAUGAAUGCGUUUGCAAUCCCUAUAAUGCUGAUUUCGACGGAGACGAGAUGAAUCUGCAUGUCCCCCAAACCGAGGAAGCAAGAGCGGAAGCAAUGGAGCUGAUGGGAGUCAAAAACAAUUUAGCGACUCCGAAGAACGGCGAACCCAUUAUCGCUGCUAUCCAGGAUUUCAUCACGGCUGCGUACUUGUUGAGCAGCAAGGAUAACUUCUACGACCGAAAAACCUUUCUGUUGUAUUGCGGGUACAUGUUAGAGCCCGGAACCAAGUUCGAUCUUCCGCCGCCUGCAGUGUUAAAACCGCAAAUGCUAUGGACCGGGAAGCAGGUGUUCAAUGUCAUGAUGCGCCCGAGCAAGGAUUCCCCGGUUCUUCUCAACCUUGACGCCGCAUGUCGGGAAUUCUCCGCACCCAAAGGCACUCCAAGGGAUCUAGACGCCGAUGACGGCUGGCUCUGUAUUCGGAACUCCGAAAUCAUGUGUGGUCUUAUGGACAAGUCCACUAUUGGGUCGGGUAAAAAGGACUCUGUGUUUUAUGUCAUGCUUCGUGAUUUCGGGCCGCGGGUAGCAGCUGAAGCAAUGAAUCGACUUUCAAGGCUCUCUGCCAGGUGGCUUACGAACAUGGGGUUUUCCAUCGGUAUCACGGAUGUGUAUCCAGGCGAUGCGCUCUUACAAGCAAAACGCGAAAUUGUUGAAGAAGCCUACGCACAGUGUGAUGAAGUGAUUCAACUGUUCAAAACUGGAAAACUGGAAAAAGCUGCCGGUAGUGACGAACAACAAACCAUGGAGAAUCAAAUCUCUGGCAUUCUCAAUAAAGUACGUCAGCAGGCUGGUGAAAAAUGUAUUGCGGAACUGAGCAAAUGGAACUCUCCGCUCAUCAUGGCCCAAUCGGGGUCAAAGGGUUCUACUAUCAACGUCGCUCAGAUGAUUGCCCUAGUCGGCCAGCAAAUUAUCGGGGGUCAACGUGUACAGAAUGGUUUUCAGGACCGAACUCUGCCCCAUUUCCCCAAACACACUCGUCAGCCACUCGCGAAGGGUUUCGUGCGAAACAGCUUCUUUUCGGGGCUGACGCCAUCCGAACUCUUCUUCCACGCAAUCUCCGGGCGUGAAGGUUUGAUUGAUACUGCUGUCAAGACCGCAGAAACAGGCUAUAUGUCCCGUCGAUUGAUGAAAUCACUUGAAGAUUUGUCUUGCCGGUACGAUGAUACCGUAAGAAACUCCUCGGCUAAUAUUGUUCAGUUUCAAUACGGCGAUGAUAAGCUUGACCCGGUGGACAUGGAGGGCAAAGCGAAGCCUGUACACUUCGACCGUACCUUCACGCACGCGGAAGCUACCACGUACAGCAAAGACGAUCAGGGAUUACCUUGCUCAGAGAUUAUGUCCCUCUGUCGCAAAUUACUGAGCGCCGAACGUUCUAAACUAAAUCGUUUUGACUUACUGGGCAACGGCCUUGACUACAUGGACAGAAGUGACCAUGGUAUCGAUCAACUUGAAAGUAACCGAGACUUCUUACAGUCCAUUGAGGACUACGUCUGGAGCAAGACCAAACAACUUCAGCCCGUAACUGGAACCGACCUUGACACACCCGAUGGGCAGAUGGCAAUUUCACACACCGCAAAACUAUCUGCAAAAACACUAACCGCUUUCGUUACAUCUUGUUUGACAAAAUACAAAAAGGCCCAAGUCGAGCCAGGCCAUGCGGUGGGUGCUGUUGGCGCCCAGUCUAUCGGGGAACCCGGCACGCAAAUGACUUUGAAAACUUUCCAUUUCGCGGGUGUAGCCGGUAUGAGUAUAACUCAGGGUGUUCCGCGUAUCAAGGAAAUCAUCAACGCAUCAAAAGAAAUCAGUACCCCCAUCAUAACCUGUGAACUAGUCAAUAAAGAGGAUUUGCGAGCCGCCCAGAUUGUCAAAGGUCGUGUUGAGAAGACGUUUAUCAAGGAUAUUAUCUAUUAUAUUGAAGAAGCCUGGACGGGCUCAGUGGCAUAUAUCAACAUCAAAAUCGACUUCUCCGCCAUUCAAGCUCUCCAACUCGAGCUCACCCUCCGUGACAUCCUCAACGCGAUCAAAACCCAUAAACGUUUCAAAUCCGAUGACUUGAAGUUCCGCUCGUUCGGCUCCCAUAUCCACAUUUUCGUCGAUCAAACUGCUGCCAAAACUCUUUCAAAAACCGAACAAACAGCCACCGGUUCAGACCCUUAUAUUCGUCUGAAACAUCUCAAGCUCUUGGGUUAUCCACAAUGUUCGCGGGCAGUUAUCCGCACUGAUGAAACCAACACCAAAAACACUUUGCUCGUCGAAGGCUAUGGUUUACGCGCAUGUAUGACUACCGAUGGAAUCUGGGGAACUCGAACACGGACCAACAACAUCAUGGAAACCAAAGACGUUCUAGGUAUUGAAGCUGCCCGUACGACUAUAGUCGAUGAGAUCAGUGAAGUCAUGAAGGACAUGCGUAUUGACCCGCGUCAUAUGCAAUUACUCGCCGAUGUAAUGACAUACAAGGGCGAAGUUCUGGGCAUCACACGUUUUGGGCUUGCAAAAAUGCGGGACUCAGUUUUGCAAUUGGCAAGUUUCGAAAAGACGGCUGAUCAUCUAUUCGAUGCGGGUGGUGCCGGCAGAACAGAUUUAGUGGAGGGUGUGUCAGAGUGUAUCAUUAUGGGAAAAAGUGUGUCCUUGGGAACCGGUGCGAUGGAGAUAGUUCGGCCAAUGAACUUUUAUGAAGGUCAGAUUGGGAAGAAGAAAACGAGCUUCGAGGAUGCUUGGAGAGAAGUUUGCGAGUCGCCCAUAAAGGGUAAAAAGAAAAGAGUAUGA